AAGUGGAGAUUGACACAGUCUCAACACCUCUGAGAACUGCCUGAAAUAUUUGUCUGACACUAUUUAAAUGCCGAGGGGGCUGUUAAUGCAAACAGGCCUGGCCAGGGAGAGCCCCCUCUGCGAGAUCAGCCCCUGCACUGCCGUGAGAUCCCGGGCCAGCCCGCAGGAGAGCGGCCCCCCAGGGGCGGCGCUGGGGAAGGCUGGCUCUGGGCACAGCCGAGGGGCCCGACCCUGAUGCGCCAGGAAAAGGCACCGUCCGCGAAGGGCUGAUGGUGAAUGGCAGCAGGGUAGCCUGGAACGAGACCCAGCACUGUAAGAUUUUGGAUGGGCUAGUCCCAGACCAGGUGCAGCUGUGCCGAAGAAACCUGGAGCUCAUGCAUAGCAUUGUACGUGCAGCCAAAGAGACCAAGGGAGUCUGCCAGAAAACGUUCUCGGAUAUGAGGUGGAACUGCUCUUCCAUUGAGUAUGCACCCAGUUUCACCCCUGACCUCAUGAAAGGGACCAGGGAAUCUGCAUUUGUCUAUGCAUUGGCUGCUGCUGCUGUCAGCCAUUCCGUCGCUCGGGCCUGUGCCUCAGGGGAACUACCUAUCUGUUCCUGUGGACCUGCACCAUCUGAGGUGCCUGGGCCUGGCUUCAGGUGGGGUGGCUGUGGGGACAACCUCCGCUAUGGCCUCCAGAUGGGUUCUGCCUUUGCUGAUGGUCCCAUGAAGUCCAGUAAGGCAGGAGGACAAGCCACCAGGCUUAUGAAUCUACAUAACAAUGCAGUGGGCCGACAGGUAUUGAUUGACUCCUUGGAGACCAAGUGUAAAUGCCAUGGUGUUUCGGGCUCCUGCUCAGUUAAGACUUGUUGGAAGGGGCUGCAAGAUUUGAGUGAAAUAGCCACUGACCUCAAAUCCAAGUACUUGGCAGCCAUCAAGGUGACCCACCGACACAUGGGAACCAGAAAGCAGCUGGUGCCCAAAGAACUGGACAUCAGGCCAGUGAGAGAGGCUGAGCUGGUUUAUCUAGUCAGUUCUCCAGACUACUGCACAAAGGAUCCCAAACUGGGGUCUCUGGGGACUCAGGACAGGCAAUGCAACAAGACCUCUGUGGGCAGUGACAGCUGCAACCUGAUGUGCUGCGGGCGUGGCUACAAUGCUUACACUGAGAGUGUGGUGGAGAGGUGCCAGUGCAAGUACCAUUGGUGCUGCUACGUGAUGUGCAAGAAGUGCCAGCGGACAGUAGAGAGAUACGUGUGCAAGUAAUGCAGGAGGUCCUGAAGCAGCCCAUGCACUGAGAAAGCACUAAAGGACCUAUGCUCCGAGACACUCCAGAGCAUGCCUGGAUAUUUAAUUAAUCACAGUGGAAGCUGUGAGCUUUGGCUAGAAAAGGGGCCAUGGUGGAAAUCCUCAUAUUGGCAUUACCCAGGAAAACACACAUUUUUUGGGAAAAGGCCAGGCCUGAUGUCCUUAGCCUCACCCCUUCCAGAGCAAGAGAAACAGCUGCCUACUGGGGCUGACCUGGUUUGUUUAAAUUCUCAAUCUCCAGCUGGGGACAAAUAAUUUAUCACCCUACAUGCAUGGAUCUCUUUCUCCCCUGAGCUGCCAGCAGCCAUUGUCUCUUUGUGGGAAGCUUCUGAAGGUGGCCUGAAAGUCAGGAGUGAUGGAUGGAAAAGGGUGUGGGGUGGGGAGAGACAAGAGUGAAUUCAGGGGAAGAAAGAAGUGCUGCUCCUGAAUAAGCAUGCUGAGGAAACCAUGGGCAUGCACUUUUGGGGUGGCAAGCUGACCCAAGGCCACCAGAUACUCUCAAUUUCAAGACAGGUACAUGUUCAUUGUCUUCUGCAGUAUCACACUUUCCCUCUAACAUUAGGAUCAGGCUUGGGUGUAGGCUAGAGAAAGACCUCUGCCACCCUCUUCACUAUCAGAGAGAUCUAUUCCUCUGUCCUCUUAUAGCAAUGAGAGAAAGAGAGAGAUUCUAAUAUCAUGGUGAUGGGCAUGCUAUAAAAACUGAGACAAAGGAAAAGUCCAUAGGGGAUGUAGAUGGAAAUAGUGGGAUGGAAAGCGCUAUUGAACCAGAGGGGUCUUGGUAAGGACCAGGCCUGAUGCUCCUGCCCCCGAGCUCACACCUUGUGAGGUGGAGAAGCCAGUAAAUUGGGUGGCACAUUCUCAUUCUCACAUCCUUUUCUCCCCUCCUCUUUUGCUCCUCCACACCCAGGGUGGCAGCCUGUCUGCCUGCCCCUGUCUCUGAACCAGGCUCACUCAGGAGUGCUGACAGUGAGUGCUGAGUACAUUGGCUCCAGGGCCCCUUUGUAGGAUUUGGAGAUGAAACUGAAUUUUUUGAUUUCUGCUUAUUUAUUUGGUGCCUUUUAAAUAAAUAUGUGCGUGUCUCUGCCAAUGAUGGCCCUAAGCCUCAUGCGUUACCCAGGAAGGCUCCCCACUCUGUACCCCCCAGAACUCAGCUGGCCACAAAAGGGAUGAGGCAAUGCUGUCUCCCCUCUUUGCCUGGUAAAGGGAGUGCAAAGCAGACAUUCCGCAGCCUUUCAGGAGAUGAAAUUGCAGAGGUGGCUUCAUAGUUUAAAGGGAAAGGAUGUUUAUUUUCAUUUGAAGAUGCUUUUUUCCCUUUCUCCUGUAUCUCCUUUGGUACUGAUAACAUACUGAUUUGGCUGUUGUGGCCAGACACAGGUUUCCCUAUAUGCACAUAACAAGCUUUGGAACAUUUUUCUGGGUUACUGCAGAUCUAAUCUCCCAGCAAAGUACCCACUCUUCUGGGAUUUAUUCCUAGUAGCAGAGAGCUUGAGUCUGGGGAAAUGAUCCCUGAGUUGUUUCUGAUCUUUAUAAAUCAUGGGUCAAACUGACCUCUAUGAGAGCUGGCAACUGGAGGAGAGGUCAAAAGUGAGUAACUUUCAAAUGGACU